AUGGCGGAUCCUCGUCUUGCGUCGCCGGUUUACCCGGCACCGCAAUAUAUACGCGUUGGCGGGCCGUGCACGCCCGCGUCUAACCAGGAGUGUCUUGUGGACGGCCAGCCUCGUGUUGCUGCAGCGGAAAACACCGUAAUUCACCGGAUUUCUUCAUCCGCUGACCAAUUUUCACCGCAUCCGGGAGCCCUUGCACAUCACGCGAGGCCUGUGACUGUGCGAAACGAUGAGGGCCUCAGCUGUGGAUUGCAGCUGGGGUAUCAAGCUCCAGCAUCUCGCUAUUCUCCAACCCGAUCUGGCCACGCCUCCGCAAUUCAGCACGGUAACCUCGGUGUGCCUACAGUCUACCAAGGAGGGAAUGUUCCUCAGGCAACACCAGUCUCGCCAAAGGCAUACUCUGCAGAUGUGUUUGAUGGAGGGGGGCUUCAGGCUGCAUCUCCUCAGUCCCGGCCGUACUUCUUUGAGACUUAUUCUCCGGAAGGCCUGCAGGUACGGCUGGGACAAACCCCUGCCAAUCGGCCGCAUUUUCAGAUCGCCGGGGGAUCAUCACCAGCCUUGCGACAUGCUGCGGAAUACGUCAACAUCUGCAAUUCAGAAUGCCGGACACCGGCGUUGCCGCCGCACCUCCAAGCAACGUCAGGGCCGUCAGCGCAAGCCUGCAGUCCUUACACAGUAUAUCACCCGUUCAGGCAGUCUCAUGCUUCAACCAAAGUUUCUCCUUCUCAUGAAAUUGAUGGGGAAGAAAGGAAGGAUGCCCAGGAUGCCAGCUGGACCGCAGGUGCCCCUCGAUGUGAUGCGGUUUGGACUGGUCGCGAUGGGGAACGCGUAGUGCAAAAUGCCGGAGCUGGUUACGAGUCUCCGCAUGGAAUGCCGGAGCCUGAAGUGCUUGGUGGGCAUAGACAAUCUGCUGCAUUGCUUCCGGUCUUUGUGAAGCAUGACGAAAUUAUCGACCACGGAAAGCGGUUCGGGGGCGAGCAGCCAGAGGUCUCCAAGCAAUGCAGUCAACGCGGUGGUCAUAUACUCUCAUUCUUGUCCGAGGAAGAGGAUUCAUCAACUGUCUUCGCCAAGCUAAAGGGCAGAGAACCGACCGAUCUCGAGGGCUGGCGCGAGCUCGCCAGACAGGCGAGAGUAGAAAAUACGGUGCUUCGAGGACGAAUUCAAGAAUGUGAGAAGCAGGUCUUCACUCUUCAACAACAGGUCGAUAGAGAAACAGCUCGCUCUGCUGCACAGUCCAAGACUCAAUUAGCCAUGGAAGCUGACCUCAGGGCUGCGAGAGAGGAGAUGCUUCGGCUGAGGCACACUCUCAGGAUGAACCAAAGAGGAGCAGAGUUAACUAGGGGUGCUACGAUCGGUGGGGGAGUUGCAGACUGCAGUCGCGAGGUGUUUCUGAUGCGGGAGGCCCUGGCUGAAGCGGCGGAGUACCACAUGGAAUUAAUAGAACAAAACGACAACCUUCGCGUCCAAAUCGAAUGGCUCCGCCGUGGUGGCGGAUCAACAGCGGCACCGGGCAGCAAGGCUAUGGAAAAGACGGCUUGGAAUGAACAGCUGAGGGACCAGGAACGGUAUGAACUAGAGCAGUUACGGGAGCUGUUUUGUCGGCACCGAAAUGCCGCAGGAGAGAACGAGGGAUGCUCCGGUGUAACUAAGUUAGACGCUUUGAGCAGGAGUCAACAAGGUGAUGGAGGUGUAGAUGACCAGUCUCAAAAUGCGUCUUCCGGACAUCGCCAGAAUGGAAGCAACACCGCCGGUGACAUUUUUAGUCAAACUGCCUGCAGCGACGCAGGCUACCGAGCCUUUGUGAAACGAACCGGAAGCGGAGAUUGGGUUGCACAGGGAACCGUACUAACAUCCAAGCGUGAUACGUCCGAUGACCUCUCUUCCAGUUCGUUGACACUUCCCUGUUCGCCGACAAGUUCCAGCAAACGCGGAAAACCGAGUACAUCCACACUAACCCGUCCUUUUUUCCACAAUACCCCAGGCGAAGGGGAACUCUUCAGAGCUGAUUCUGCAAAGAAAAGGGACGAUACCGGUGGGCCCAUUAAACGAUUGGAGCAGCGGAUCCGAGAGUAUCAAAGCAAGGCACCAGGAGCAACAGCUGCCACAACCGUACGAGAGGGAUCGCCCCGUUAUGUGGCAGCAAGUCGGCGCGAUAGAGAUAUCCCAGAGAAACAGCCUCGUCAAGAAGCCAGCAAUGGGCGAGCUUUUGAUGCGCUAGCGUAG